AAGGACUACCAAACUCUCCUCUCUCAACUCGAACAUGCAUUCAAUACCUUGCCGCAAUUUGGUAUACAGAAACUAUGGUUCUAUACCAUGACCCUUAUUUAUCAGCUCAUCCUCGAACUGCCUACCACCGAUGACGGCGACGCCUCUGCUUCCUCCUCUGCUUCCUCAUCUGAUCCAGAGUAGGCAGCACGCGAUGAAGCACUUAGGCCCGGUGGGGUGAAGCUGGAUGCCGUUUUGCCUGACGUGAAGAAGAGCACAUCAGAUGCACCUAUUAAUGUGAAAGGUGGGGAAGCGCUGACGGUGAUAUACGAGCGCAUGCAGACUAUGUCAGGUGACACCACCGCGGUCAAGGUAUACGGCACUCUUCAAACUGCAGCGGGUGGUGCCCUAUGUCGAGAUGCUCCGAGUAUGCACAACUACGGGUCGUCUCGAAGACUCAUACGAGGAGCUGUGUGUCAAGGAGAGCAAGUUCAUCAGUGAGGUCAUUUUGGAAGUGGAUUACAUGGACAAGUGUUGG